AUGGUCUACUUUCACAAGCGUCUGCUCGUUCUCGUUAGUGGCUUAUCGAUCUCGGCGACUUCGCUCAUCGCCGCGUCGAAGUCUGCUCCCUCGAGGCCGCAUUUUUAUAAUCCCUGCCAUCGGAACUGCCAUGAAUUCGCGAUAGGCCAGAGCCAGAGGGUAGUUCAUAGGCUGAUGAUAGCUGUUCGAGUUCGUGUUGCUUGCUAGGUGACGGCGGCGUGGGACUGACAAGUAUGACCCCAACUCCUCCUUUUAGUGCGCGGGUUUAUAUCCCAGAUCCGAUCCAACUGCCAGGCCGACGUACUUCAGAUGUCUCUGCACCGACUUCGUGGAAUUUGAAAACUCGUUUGAUUCAUGUGUGCGGCUCGGUAAGUCGAGCGGGUCAAGUCGCAUGCGCCGGGUCAUUCGCGCGGAGGUGAACCUUUGGAACUUUGUCUCCAGGCGAAGGGAACUUCGGAGCUUGCAAGUACCCGCAGGACGUAUUCGACAGGGAAGGUCGAUGGUGUGAUCAUUAUGUAUGA